GACUGAAAUUAACCAGUACCUGGAUAAAAGGGAUAUAAACUCUUGGCAGAAAUUGAUCAGAAGAAACGAACAUCCAAGACACUGCUAGAUGAACUGAAAUCAAAAUGCACAAACAUGAAAUCAUCCAUUGAGAAAAUAAGUCGGAGCUACAAGCACAGGACGACAAUAGCAACCAGCUAUUGAUAAUAGGAAAACGAGCUAUAAAAGAGCUGGCAGGUAUCCAGGCAGCCCUGGAAGAUGUGAGCAGGAGGAGUGAAGUUGCCCGAUACAAGUUUUACAGGGACCCCGUAAUUGAGCAGAUAAAAGCUUCUGAAAAUGCAAUAGGACGGUUGGAAGAGGGCGAAAUAACGUCGGCGUUAGGGCAACAACACCGACAACAGCAAACGAAGCAGGAACAACGGCAACAGGAUACGAUGCAACAACACCAAAAACAGAUGAAAGCUGUUUCACAAAAAGCCCACUUCAGCAGCAGAGCAGACCUAAGCCAGGUCAAGUUCAGCAGGCAGCCUGACAUUUCAUGAAGACAUCAGGUGAUAGAAGGGAAUGCUGGCUAACCAAUGUAACCCUCCUGACCGGGGACAGGCUCAUACUGGUAGAUCACAAUAAUUGCUCAUUGAAGCUGGUGGUCACCAAGAAUAACAAGCUGGUGUCCAAGGCAAAACUGCCAGGUGAGCCGUGGGACCUGUGUCUCCUGCCCGGGAACAGGGCAGCCGUCACUCUGCCUGGUUUGAAGAAGAUACAGUUCGUAUCUACUCAGGGAAAUUUAACACUACAGGAUGUUGUUAAAGUAGAUGGAGUGUGUCAUGGAAUAGAUUUCUGUGAUGACAACUUGUUAGUGUCCUUCACCACCCCAGGUAAGGUUGUGUUGAUGGACAUGAAGGGAAAGGUGAAGAAGAGUGUGGACAAAGACAGCAGUGGAAAACCUUUGUUUCAGUUUCCGUCGUAUCUGACAGUAACCAGAGAGAGCCAGACUCCUCCGGUCAUAUACGUCUCGGACAGGGGCACCAACACCAUAACCAAGCUGAGCAUCUCACUUGAGGUGCUCCAGACCUACCAAGACCCGAUACUGAUAAUACCAUAUGGUCUGGUCCCUGUGGGGGACAACCAGCUGCUCGUGUGUGUGAGUUUCAGUCACAACAUCCUGUUACUGGACACGCUUACCGGCAAGAUAACCCAACUGCUGGGGAAGGAAGAUGGGAUAGAGAGGCCACACAGUGUGGCUUACUGUUCACCGAAGAAGAUGUUUUUUGUCACCUGCUGGCUUAAUGACAGACGUGAUAAUUUCGUAAAAGUAUUCAACUUAGUAUAGAUCAUGUCAGUCAAUUAAUAUGAGUGAAAUUUGUAUCAGGUGUGAAGUCAUUGUUAUGUUAAAGAAUAAUUCAAAUAUAUAGUAUCAUACUGACAAUACGUUUAUGCAAUGCCUAAUUUCACAUAUCGCGCAAUUCAAGAGAUACUGUGAGAGUAUAAUUUUAUGAUGGAACUUGAUGUUUAAAUUAUAUUGAAUUCCCACAGUUUUCAUAAGUGUAGUAAUUCGUUAUACGGCAUGAAUAUACGAGUAUUGGAAUGUGUAUCAUUAAUUGAAAUGUACGUAGCUGAUUGUAUGAAAUAUACCAACAGGUUGGCUUCUUUCCACACGAGAACAAAGUAUAGGUAAAACAUGUGAAUGCUUACUCACUCAAUACGUGAGCAAACUAAUUAUUCACUUAUCUCAAAAUACAACAACACAAACAGUUUAGGAAUUGGCAAUGUAUUUGGUGAACAUGUACACAGGAAAAGACAGUAUUCGAAUGCUGGAAGAUUGGUAAUAGCGUCUAAGCACAUCUGAACCUUGGUCAAUCGUGGCCACGUCGCCGUUAGAGUCAGCAACAACUUUAACGGAAUCUUGGAAAACAUCAUGAAGCAAUUGGAACGAAACUGAAUAUACGGUGAAUCUCAAAUCAUAAACGUAACAAAUAAGUUACUAACUUAUGUUUGACACCCACAGUGGAACUCUGUAAAUGAAAUAAAUAUACAUAUUAAUUGAACACAUGAUACAGCAAAUUCAAUGUGAAAAUAGGGAUGGGAUGGACGGGAAAUAUGAUCAAAUUUAUAUCUUCACUUUCAGACAUCGUAAAAUACCUUCUAAUGUCACCAAAUACAAAACCUCGAGUUACGAAAACAGAAUAGUUUUCCCCAUAUAACCAACAAAAACGAGGAAAUCAUGUUACUAGUGUCCUACCAAACUAAUCCACCUGAAAACUGAAGUACUACAGGGUACUUGAACCAUCUCCUGAAAUCAAUAAUGUAUAUAUUUUUCAAAACAUGAAUAAUUGUAUUUAAUCAAACAUUGUUAUUGCGUUGUUGAAUGUUA